CCCUGCUCCCUCGACCCUCUCUCUCUCUAUCAUAUAUACUCUUCUUCAGGCUCGUUAGCUCACGAGAUCUAUAACCCCAUCCAUUCAUGUAGGCUGCAACAGACCACUGUCACCAAUAUUUUCCAUGGCCUCGUCCUCACAUCUCAUCACACCAGGGAGCGGAGGAGGUGGGCAAGGUCAUGGCGACGAGCAGGAUCAGCAGGCACCUUCGCCGGAGGAAGCCGGCGCCGGCGAGCAGCUAGUGAUGCCAGAGGACGGGUACCAGUGGAAGAAGUACGGCCAGAAGUUCAUCAAGAACAUCCAGAAAAUCAGGAGUUACUUCCGGUGCCGGGACAAGAGGUGCUGCGCCAAGAAGAAGGUGGAGUGGCACCCGGGCGACCCAAGCCUCCGAAUCGUCUACGACGGCGCGCACCAGCACGGCUCACCGUCGUCGACCGGCGGCCAGAGGGAAGGCGACGGCGAAGGCGUCGGCAACCGGUACGAGCUCAGCGCCCAGUACUUCGGUGGGGCCCCCGCGCAGUGAUUUUCUGAAAACUACUGGCCGGCCGUCCAAAUAUCUGACUGGCGCCGCCGGUGGCACCAUCAGUGGCGUGGCGGUGCCAGAGCGCCGCUGGAACCUGAUGUUGGGUGGCAGAUUAUCUGCGGUCAACGUUGUUACACAUCUACUAAGUUCAGCGGUCGCACUAGUAAGACUAGUAGUAGCAGCUCCAGAUUUCCAGUACGAUUCUGUUGUUGUACUCUCCGGUACCUGAGGCUGUGAACGCAUGGGCAUUGAUUAGUAGUAACACCUGAGGCUGUCAUGCGAAAUGUAGUACACGUAUGUAUCGUUGACUCUUCAAAACUUUUGUUUGUUCUCCCUGAACCUCAUGGCGCCGCGCCCCCCAGCUGGGUGGUGGCUUUUAGAGAAGA